AUGUCUAACGUCACGAAUAACCGACGAAGCAAACCGGCGUCGGAGAUCCGACGGAUGUGCCCGCAGCAGAGGGCCCGCCAACUCGCCUACCAAGAGCAGUCUAAAGAUGUGCGCAAAGCGGUGACGGCAUCGGAGCAUCGCGUACGGGAGCGGUGCGCAGCGGCCCGGGAAAACGUACCGGCUGCAGAUGCAACUCAAGAGGAAGAAAGGAAACUGCGGGGUGCGCUGAUUGGCCAACUAAAAGCGGCUGAGGCGCGUGAUCGGAUCCGCCUAAUGAGACUGCGGUACCAGACUCUCCGGACCCAGGAGAUCAACCUCAUGAUUUCCUGGCAAUCCACUGCCCAGAAUGCAAUUCGCCUUCAUCUGCUGAUGCCAGUCAAAGAAGACAAAGUAGCCCUUCAUGAUACCCUGGAUAAGAUACAAAGGGCAAGAGUUGAGCAGCUCCUGGAGGACAAGCAGGGUCUAACAUUCAUUCGAAGCUGAAGCUAUGGGGCAAAGGAGGAUCCCUCCUACCAUGUACUGCAUAUCCAUCCCCCAUGUCAAUAGGACCAGAGUCUCCAACAUUUUAUUGUCCAAUUGAUGGCAAUAAAGACAGUUGUUCUUAAGGUGACAUUUGUUAUGGUAGUUUAGGAGCUGGAUUUAUACAUUGGGAGAAAGAGCUAAAAGCAUGCAUUCCCUGCCUGAUUUUUACAUACCACACGAAUGUACAUAAAAAGACCGACCCAAACAUCUAUGUUAUAUUUAGAAUCCAUUAUUUCUGGAUAGUUUUUCUCACCAAAAAUAACUUCCCACACCUUAGAGAACAACUGGGGAUCAGGAUGUCAUUGGAAUUGUGUUUCUUAAACAGGACAUCUAAAAAAACAUUUUUCCAUAGACAAAAUUGUUUGGUUCAUCUUUCAGGUAAAGUGAUCUUGAAGUACUCUGCUGU